AUGAAAGCUCGUAUUCUGGCUAGUAGAACCAUGUCGAUUCACAGAAAAUGUCUGACUACCGGUAAGAAACCUCGGUAUUUUUAAGUAUUUUCAGACAAACCAUACCUCAAAAGUGACAAUGUGUUCCGGUUCAAAGUGCCGGAAGACAAAGUGAAAUGGGACGUCAAGUUUGACGAUUAUCGACCGGUCGAGUACACUGAUCCGUCGACCGAAGGCAAACCUUGGGCUGAUGGACCGAUAAAUAAGAAUAUGAAGUUCAAUGACAUCGAUGGUGAUAUCGACAGAAGAUCGAAGAUGGGGUAGAUUACUUUUAGGUUUUUACGAUAUUAUCUCUAGUAUAAUAUUAUAUUUUUGUCAAAACUAGGUUGAAAAGUUAAUAAAAGGAAAAAUUUAUUACUUUAUAAUCAAUACUAUUAAAAUUAUCGUUUAUAUGAUUAAUCUUCGGUUUUUAACAUUAACUUCUUUAUAGUGUAUACAAGUUUGACGAUGAUGACAGACCUUUGAAUCCAGUAGGCCGAACUGGACUAAGAGGUAGAGGAAUAUUGGGCAAAUGGGGCCCAAAUCAUGCUGGAGAUCCUAUUGUGUCAAGGUUCAAGGAUGGGAAGCUUCAGUUUAUUGGUAUUAAGAGGGGAGACACUGGUAGGUAGUAUACUGUACUAAACUUGUAGUAUCUGAUACUAAACUUAUUGUCAUUUGUUUGUACUACUAUUUUAUUAAUUAUAUUGUCAUGCUUACGAUAAUUGACAGGAAGAUUUUUAAUAUAAUGUUCUACAGGAGAAUGGGCGCUGCCCGGAGGAAUGGUGGAUCCAGGAGAAACGGCUACGUCGACGGCGAAGCGAGAAUUUACAGAAGAAGCAUUGGACAAUGUAGAAGACAAGAACCUAGACGAUCUGUUUAAUAGCGGUAAGGUGUUAUACGAAGGGUACGUCGAUGAUCAUCGUAAUACUGACAAUUCGUGGAUGGAAACUACAGUAAUCAACUUUCAUGACGACAAAGAUGUUUUGUCGAAGGCUAAGGUCAAGGUACGAGUUCGUAUAAUAUAUAUUUUUUUAACUUUUGGUUAUAUUUUGAGUCGACAAGUAUCUAAAAUCAUUUUUUUUCAUAAAAAAUCGUAUAAAGUGUGAGCGUAGUACAUCUUUUAAAAUGUCACGUAUACAAAGUACGUUUUCAGGCAGGUUCAGACGCUGCUCAUGUGGAAUUUGUCACGGUGGAGUCUGGUAUUGAACUUUACGCGUCGCAUAACGAUUUCGUCAAGAUGUUUGCCAAGCUCCAUGGAGUUGAAAUAUAA